AUGGGCUAUGCGGCCCUCGGCGAGAACACCCCAAGGAACCUCCUCGCCGGCUUCGGCUUCUACGAACCUUUUUGGCUCCUUGACAUUGCACACGCUGCCCACGUGAUCCACCUCAUCGGCUCUUACCGGGUAGAUUGUCAGACACUGUUUGUCCUGGUGGAGAACUGGGCAGAGCGCAGGUGGCCCAAAUCAUCGUUCGUGACAGACAAGAUAAACAUCAAGCUGGCAUCAUACAGCCUGAAGUUCAACCUUUUCGGGCUUACGUGGCGGUCGUUGUUCGUUGUUUUGACGACGUUGGUGUCCACGCUGCUGCCCUUUUCGGCUGAGGUUGCCGGAUUCGUUACGGCCAUGCUGUUUUGGCCCCUGACAGUGUACUUCCCGAUACAGAUGUUCAUCGUGCAGAAAAAGAUACCCAAGCAUAGCAUACAGUGGGCGUGCCUUCAGCUGCUCAGUCUUGCCUGGCUGAUCAUCACCAUUACCGCCGCAGCCAGCUACAUCGUCGUUAUUGUCCGUUCUUGA